AUGAAGAAGAUAGAUCCCAGAAUCCGCCAGUUCCUGGACACCGAAGCUCAAGUUGACGACGAAAUUUCUGAGGAAGACGAACAGACGGGAUCCGGAGAAAUAGAUAGAGAAGAUGGAUUCAUCGACGAUGAUACACCCCCGGAUGUUGGGCAUUCCGUUCUACCGACCCAGUUAUCAGUUCAUAGGCAUACCGAGGGAGCAUUAGAGCGCUUGAUUUCGCGCAUCGAGUCCAGAAUCAAUGCCGCGGGAGAUGGGGGAUUCGCCAUUCCUGAAGAUCCAGACGAUACACUCCAUGACAAUGGUUUGUUGUACAUACCUAGGGCGGAUGAUUAUCCACUGUGGCGGGUUGAAUGUAGAGUUGGUAUUGAAGAACAGGCUGUGAUGUCUCUGCUCAGCACAGUCUCGGAAGUACAUCAGGUUCGUUCCGCAUUCACUCGAGGAUCAACACAGGGCAGUAUCUAUAUCGAAUGUAAAAUGAACCAAGCCCUCGUCGACCUUCUUCUACGGACACCAGGUGUACUGCGUAACGGCUUGGGUAUCAAACGACAGCUCAUCGACUCUUCAGAGUAUAGUCAAGUGCUUGGGAUGAGGGAUGGUCCCGUGGACGUCGGUGCAUGGGUAGUCAUCAAGAAAGGCUUGUACAAGGGAGACGUUGGCGUGGUUUCACAAAAAAGUUUUCAACAUGCCCGUAUUCUCCUCAUUCCUCGGCUACAUACGACCCCACAGAACCCCCUCAAGCGAAAAUCAUCGACUGUUAAGCCGGCUGCUAAGCUCUUCGAUCCGGAUCACUUUCGACAGCUUUUCCCAACCGACGUGCAGAGCCGUGGGCCUGAUUGCUACUGCUUUCGCGAUAUGGACUUCGAACAAGGGCUUCUGGCCCAAAAUUUGGACCACCGUUCAUUCACAGUUAACGUCAAGGACAUACCCCAUGACUUCUACACCAUGUUUAGAAUGAGCCAACACCCAGCAGUUAAUCGCUCGCAUAUGCCACGCCCGCGCGAAUGGACUUUGAAAGAAGGCGACGCGGUUCUCAUUUGCAGCACCCCUUCAACCUCUACGUCGUUUUUUGCCCCAGCUAUCUUGAAGGUUAUGGAUACCUACUAUGCGGAAGUCCUCGAAAUAGGGACACACGGUGUACCUCUAGCCGACAACCCAACAAAACGUGUGCCGUGGCAAGAAAUCAGGAAGGAUGUUAAAAUCGGACAACAUGUUUGUGUACGGGGUGGACAUCAUACUGGCAAGACAGGCUGGGUAGUUGCUCUCAAAGAUGAUCGAGUUCAUUUUGUCAGCAAGAAGUUUGAAGGUGAAAUACCUACUUAUUUUAGGGAUGGUGACGAGGUCAUUGAAUCAACAGAGGUUUUUGUCAACUUUGUAGACAUUGCAAAGGAGCCCGUCGUGCUGCACCACAAGCACGAGCCAGAACAAACUGCCAUAAUCCCUUAUGUGCGCCAGCCAGAAUCUGGUCCCCUUCCCAAGACGCCUCCACAUCCAUGGUGUGGAGUAAAAGUGAAGAUAUCUAAGCAGCACCAUCCUCGAAAAGGCGAAUACGGAGUAAUUCAGGAUGUCAAGGAAAAUCUCGAUGACAAUACUAUAACGUUGCACAUGCAGUUGACGCGAUACGACCCGAAUGCCCCAUUUCACAGAAUAUCAGUCCGUUACGACGACGUCGUUGAAUUUGCAUCUUCUCUUGAGCUCGUCCUGUUCCUUGAUCCCGGUGAGGGUCAUAUUCGACCUACCCCAACGCAAACUUUGUCUACGCCGCAACCCGAGCAAGGUCAUGAUACAUCCGCCCAUCACCCUUAUCUGAUGGAGAGGCCGUCUGGUAGUGCAACGCCCCUUCCGACACCAGCACCAAAUAAUUUGUCUUCUCCACCUAGUCCAGCUUGGGACCCCUCUUCGAGAACUCCGUUAUCUGAUUCCGUGGCGUCUGAUCCAUUGUGGAUGCCUCCAGCACCACCCCCACAUGUCCUCUUGAACCCAAAACUCGUGGGAGUUAAACUGAAUGCUGUAGUUGACGGCGGAGAUUUUUCUAAGCAGCUAAUUGCAGUGUCUAUCGAGCUUCAUGGCAACGAGGUUGUUCUCCGACAUAAAAAAUAUCACACAUGGAUUUCAUUAGAACCCCGUUGGGUCACCCCUAAAUACCCUCAUCCAAUUCACGACAACAACCUUCUCGUCGUCAUAAAAGGAGAUCACAGCGGCAAAUACGUUCGUCGCAUUCAUCACCGACUAGAUCAGCUAACCAAGAAAAUCAACAUUAUUCUAUCCGUUGUGGCCAGGACCGUCGGCUCGCCUGAUUCCUUAACUGGCGAGCAAUUGGAACUCGAUCCGCAGUUUCUUUGUACUGUUCCCGAAACAAAGAAAGAAAGAGAAUUGAACUGGCGUGUCAUGAAUACAACGCGAGCUAUGCAUAAUCGCGGACCUAGUCAAAAUCAGUAG